AAACAACUGAUCUUUGUUGCCUAAGACUAUCUUGUAGUGGUGUGUCAGUGCAACAGACAGACAGCAGAAGGAACAGUGUUGAAGAGCAGUCAUGGACAUUGAGCUGUACCUGGACUUGUACUCUCAGCCCUGCCGCUCCGUCUACAUAUUCGCCUCAAAGAACAACAUCCCCUUUGAGUUCAAGAAGCUGUCUCUGCUGGACGGUGAGCAGUAUGGAGAAGAAUUUGGGAAGAUCAACUUAAUAAGAAAAGUCCCUGCUCUGCGAGACGGAGACUUCUGCCUGGCUGAGAGCAUUGCCAUCCUGCUGUAUCUGGCAGAGAAGUUUAAGACUCCAGAUUUCUGGUACCCAGCUGACCUCCACCAACGUGCUCGCAUCAACGAGUAUCUGUCAUGGCAGCACACAACUGUGCGUCUGCAUGGAUCCAAGGUGUUCUGGCUCAAGCUUUUGAUUCCCAAGAUUCUGGGCGUGGAUGUCCCACAGGACAAGUUGGAUUCAGCCUUGGAGGACUUAAAUGGAUCCUUGAAACUCCUGGAGGAAAAGUUUAUUCAGGACAAGCCAUUCAUUGCAGGAGAUAACAUCUCAUUGGCUGACCUGGUUGCCGUUGUGGAGGUUAUGCAGCCUUUGGGAUCCGGCCUGGAUGUGUUUGAUGGCAGACCCAAACUGAGUGCAUGGCGGGACAGAGUCCAGGCUGCAAUUGGGAAGGAGCUGUUUGAUGAUGCCCACCAGCACCUCCUGGGAGCCCAGGAGAGUGUGACAUUGAUGGACGCCAGCAAGAUGCAGUUCUUCAAACCCAAGAUCCUCAAAUUAUUCAUGUGAAGAGAACAUUGGUUCAGUUCAAACUAGCUUGGUACAUUUUUUCACAAAUGGUUUUAACAACUUUUUUCUUAAUGUGUCAUUAAAAGGGGAGUACAGCGAGGCACUAUAUUAUAGUCCAUGUUUUAUUCUGUAAAGCUAUAGGAAAGAGUCAGUAUUUGGUACCUGAUUCAUACAGGCUGCAUUACAAUUUCAUUCCAACUUUCCUUCUUAACACAGACAACACUAAUAUCAUAAUACAUCUAUUUUGAAUAGACAAUACAUAGUACGCAUUCCCAGUGGCUUGUAUGAGGACUUCCCUCAAUGACAGUAAAAGCACCAGAAAGUUUUCCCUCAGCAUGGCAGCAUGUGAUUUGCUAGACUGGGCCUUGGAAGCAGAAAGGCACAGUUGUUAAAAUCAGGCGGCCUGAUUAUGCAACACAGGGAAAUGUGAACUUUGAGAUAACUGCACACAGAACAAACCAGACUACUGUUUCCUUAAAUCUUCACUGUGGUUAAAUGCAGUCAAUCAGCUAUGCUACAUGUGAUGCUCCUUCAAGCCUCAAUAAAUAGUGCUCUGUG